GCCGACAAGUGCCGACAACUUUUCGGUGCGUAAAAACGGACAAAGUCCCUAGUUAUUUUUAUUAUCCGCACGUGACUGUUGUGUCACACAUUAAUUGUUAGUUGUGUUUAGUAUAUUGUUUAAAACGAUUACAAAAUGCCGAAAGUACGUAGUCAAAAAACAUCCCGUGUUCACAAAGAAGUUGCAAAACAGGGAAUCCUGUUUAAUAAGGAUAUUGGACAACAUAUUUUGAAAAAUCCACUUGUAAUACAGAGUAUGGUUGAGAAGGCUGCAGUUAGACCGACAGAUGUUAUAUUAGAAAUAGGUCCUGGUACAGGUAAUAUGACAGUAAAACUAUUGGACAAAGCUAAAAAAGUAAUAGCAUGUGAAGUGGAUACUCGAAUGGUGGCUGAAUUACAAAAGCGUGUACAGGGCACUCCGUACCAGUCAAAAUUGCAAAUUAUGAUAGGAGAUGUUUUGAAAACAGAAUUGCCGUUCUUUGAUUUGUGCGUUGCCAAUAUACCAUACCAAAUAUCAUCCCCAUUAGUAUUUAAAUUACUUCUGCAUAGACCGUUAUUUAGAUGUGCAGUACUUAUGUUUCAAAGAGAAUUUGCCGAACGUUUAGUGGCAAAACCAGGAGAUAAACUAUACUGUCGUCUAAGUAUAAAUACUCAGUUGUUGGCUCGGAUAGAUUUGCUGAUGAAAGUAGGAAAAAAUAACUUCAGGCCACCACCAAAAGUAGAAUCAAGUGUAGUUAGGAUAGAACCACGUAAUCCACCACCGCCGAUUAAUUAUCAGGAAUGGGACGGUUUAACGCGAAUCGCGUUCGUUAGAAAAAAUAAAACUCUUGCAGCAGCAUUUAAACAAACUACGGUGUUAACGAUGUUAGAAAAAAAUUAUAAACUUCAUUGCAGUUUGAAUAACAAGCCGGUACCUGAAGGAUUUGAUAUCAAAGAAUUAGUGAGCACAAUUUUACAAAAAGUAGGGGCGGAAAACAAACGUGCCAGAACUAUGGAUAUAGACGAUUUUAUCAGCAUUUUACACGCAUUUAACACGGAAGGAGUGCAUUUUACAUAAUUCAAUUUUUAAUUUAUGUAGAAAAAGAAAACAGCGUAACGCUAUAUAUAAAUCGAAAUAUGUAAUAUCCGCGAAUAAAGUAAAUUUGUUUAAAUAAUACA